CUUUUGUGGCGUGCGCCUGAAAGGACUUUUGCAAGCUUCGGUGAUACCUACGACUGCGUCCGACGCUCAGCACAAGGCUCCGAGAGGAUGCGAGGAACUGCACGAAGUGAGCGUAGAACCAACUUCGCUUUGACGGAAUGAAGUUGGUAUAGGGGAAUGUGCAAGCGGGAGCGCGGUGCAGCGACAAGCUAGAUUUGCGAAGCAGACAUCCACGGCGAACCAAUGGUGUGAGAGCUGCUGGUUCGUGGUGCUAUGCGCGCCGAGACGGUAGAUGGAUUUUGAGGAGUGUUGUAGUGAAAACAGUUCCCUUUGAUGAAAAAGCUCUGUCUAAACCCAAUAGCGCGAUUAGUCUCACUUUUACCGCGUUCUGUGUCAAUGGCGGGACAUAAAAUCCAACUGGAUUUGUAAUGCAGUCAGUGUGAAAUAAGCUACCUCGUGCUCAGCAUACUGCUUUUAGGUAGAUGAGCUGCAUCGAAGCGAAAGAAAAAGUAGAGCCUUGGACCAAUAACAAGAAUGAUGUGAUUUGCUGAAUAAUUGUAUUGGGAUGACUAUCAUUUUCAACGGUACUCGAAUGUGGCUCAGUUGUAUCAGUUCGGUGGUGUGUUCCUCGGAAUUCAGAUACGGGAAAUGUCCUUUCGAGAGCCUGAGAGGCACGAGAGUUUUCUUUGACCGGUUUCGUUGGGCUCCGAAUCUUUGCAAACCUUCUCUUACCCAGAGAGAGAGAGGAGCGCGAAGGAUUUGUCUCUGCGCACUUUCGUUGUAAAAGUGAGAUUGUAGCUCCUGUUUCCUGCUUGCCUUUGUAGUGAUUUCGUCGUCUUGAUUGUCUGUCUGGUCUCGAUUUUUCCGUACAUGUAUCUGUAUAUUAAGUGAACGUAUGCAUUCCACAAUCUUUUUUGUAACAUAUUCAAUUGUAAGUAGGAUGCAUUUGUUGUAUCUCCGACGACGAUAAACAUCAUUUCAAUCUUGCAAUUGAACCAACGGGGGAAUAGGAGGGUAUAUACUCGAAAACAAACAAAUCCAUCAAGAUGGCCAAGAUGAUGAUGAAGAAGGCUGCCGCCGCUCCGGCCCCGGCUAUGAAGUCCAUGAAGAAGAUGUCCAUGAAGAUGAUGAAGAAGAAGUAAGUCAUCGGACUCUUCCACUAAAAAUCAUCACAAUAUGACAUCAUAAUGAUGUGAGAAGACUCGCGCGUCGUGGUGUAAUCUACGCGUGCUUGAGUCAAGAGACGGCUAUGGCGUCUCAGUUGUAGUUUCGCAACUGUUACGUACAUUCCACCAACAAGAGAAAACCGGCACAGCCUGGACUCUCCCUGUGCACGGACAUGUUUGUCCUUGUUUUAUCAUGUGUUCACAUGCAGGAGGGAGGAGAGGGCUACGGGUUGGACGAUAUUCCGCGCGGGAGUCUCAUUCUAGUAUCACAUAGUUCCUCCCCGGAUGCUCUUCUGCCGUUGCUACAAUUUUUCACACUUCGGUCCCAGCUGCAUUUGUGAUGCAUCUUAUCUUCUGUCUUUGUCGCUCUCAUACCAUUACGUAUUUUUCUAUAGUACUGCUUCAUUGUCAUUCGACCAUAUCUCGAAUUCUCGUGAAUCACCAUACCAACGUGUUUUGUGUGACGACAUAUUUUUUGCUCGUUGGGGCUGGAGAGAAAAAAAGGCCAAAACUGCUCUGUAGUAAACGAUCGAAGCAAAGCAUGCUCACGUCUCACAUUUACUUCGAAAAGCUAUUCAAUGGGUUCAUACAAUCUUAUUUACGUAGUUACGGUUUUUAAACAUCAUUUUAUGUAUAUGCAUCUUAUCCAACCGGGGUUUAGGAGGGUUAUUUAAAACACAAAAACCAUCAAGAUGGCCAAGAUGAUGAUGAAGAAGGCUGCCGCCGCUCCGGCCCCGGCCAUGAAGAGCAUGAAGAAGAUGUCCAUGAAGAUGAUGAAGAAGAAGUAAGUCAUCGGACUCUUCACCAAAAACAUCAUAAAAUGACAUCGUAAUUGUGUAAAAGACUCGUGCGUCGUGGUGUAAUCUACGCGUGCUUGAGUCAAGAUGACGGCUAUGACGUCAUGGUUGUAGUUUUGCAACUGUUUCGUGCAUUCCGCAGAG